CAUUAUUCUGUCACAGACCUGAGGUAGUUGGACCUGAGGUAAACCCUCCCAUGUAAACUUUCCAAUUCAGACUUCAAACUUAAGAUUCUGUUUUUGUGUAGUCAUCUAAAAUCAAUAAAACUCUCAAAACAUAAUUAAGAAAUAACGUAAGAUAUUAAUUUAGCAGUCCGUGGUCCAAAAGAUUUUUCCGCCAGAUGCAGAGUGAGACCUCCUGUUUGGUUUUUACCCCGUCUUCGAUAACUGGCAUGCUACUUGACGUUAGCACAGCAGCUAGCUGGUAGUAUCUUUGUUUAUACUUAUUAAACCUACGAAUUCACAAGACACGUUUUGAGAUUAAUUUCUGUGUCACCACUCCUAUUUCGUAACGUUGUUUUAGCUCCUCUUACAGCCCGUUUAGCUUGUAUUAUUCACAGUUAGGUUAUCUAGUAGCAUUAGCUAUGUUUACAGAGCUCAACAGCAUCUUGAACACAACUCCAGACAGCUUCACACAGGGAGAGUUUGUGUUGCUCUCAGACAGACAGAGUGAUGCCUCCUUCCUCAUUCACCACUUCCUCUCUUUGUACCUACGAGCACGCUGCAAAGUGUGUUUUGUGGGUCUGGUGCAGUCCUUCAAUCAUUACAGUGCAAUCAGUCAGAGACUGGGUGUAAGCCUAGCCCAAGCAAAGGAAAAAGGUCAGCUUGUUUUCCUAGAGGGACUGAAGGAGUCGCUGUCUGUUUUGAUUCCUCAAGAAAGCGACUCCGGUAGUCAAGCUAUGGACUUCUUCAGGGAUCCUGCUGUUGGCCUGAAGAGUCUGUAUGAGUUUGUCCGGUCCAGUUUGACCAGUUCUAGUGGCGGGGAAGAGGAAGCAGAGGAGUGGGGACCCCCGGUGUUGCUGGUGGAUGACCUCAGUGUGCUGCUGAGUCUGGGUGUGAGCGUUGGAGCCGUGCAGGACUUCAGCCACUACUGCCGAGCCACAGUCUGCUCCCAGCUACAGGGCAAUGUGGUGAUGCUGGUACGCUGUGAUGGGGAAGAAGAGGAGGACGACGGAGACGAUGAAGGCUCAGAGAGACUUCUGAAGGGCCUGACCCACCAGUGUAGCCUCACUCUUCAUGUACAGGGUCUCCCCACUGGCUACUGCAGGGACAUACACGGGCAGGUGGAAGUGUGUUGGAGGAGGAAACAAGGUGAUGGGCAGCACACACAGAAGAAACUCUUUCAGUACAAGGUCCAUGAUAAAGGAGCCUCCUUCUUCGCUCCUGGGACAUCCAGCGCUGUUCUCUAGUUCCACCUUUCAACAUCCUUGUUUGCCACUUGUCUCUUUUACAUGCGACAACCGACUUAUAUUUUAAUAUCACCAGACAAUACAAAUGUUGAGUGUUUAGCUGCCAAAGUGGUUGGCCAGGCUUUACGUUUGGAUGCUCGCUAGUGUCAACGACCUAGCCUGGACCCCCGGCUGGCUGUCUGGAGGAAGGACACUGUGAUCCUGCCAGCUGAUAGCCUGAUUCCAGACCUCUGAAUCGCUGCACACUUCUCCGAUUUGUUUCCACAACUAUUCAAAUGAGUGAAGUGAAAAUAAAAUGACACUUCAGUCAGAUUAUCAGGCUGGUUUGCUGAAGGUAUGACCACA